CGAAGGGGGGCCGGCCGUCAGACGGGGCCAUCGCUGAGGGAAGGCCAGCCCCCGGGGACAGCCUGAGAGCGGCGUCUGACCGCUGCGUGGACAUCUCCGCCUGGCUAAGCCUGGACGUCCGAAGCCUUCCCUCAAGACCCACUUCCCUCACUCCAGGUGGGGUUGACCUCACAGAUGCCGCUGCGGCCCCGCCUCCUCGGGGUCGCCGAACGGGUGGGCACCUCCCAGAAGGCCCCGCGGGCGGGCGCGCGGAGCGCCCGGAAACUACAGCUCCCAGGGUUCUGCGCGCCGGUGGGGGCGGGGCUUCCCGGCUGCGGCGCCCGCGGACGGGAGAUGGCGGAAGCCCCGGGCUCGGGGCGACGCUCGCGGUACAAAGCGGUGGGCUCGCCGCCGUGGAAGGAGGCUUUCCGGCAGGGAUGCCUGGAAAGAAUGAGAAACAGCCGGGACAGGCUCCUGAACAGAUACCGCCAGGCUGGAGGCAACAUGCCAAGGAGAGCUCAGAACUCUCUUCUGGUGCAGGAGGUGAUGGAAGAAGAGUGGAGUGCUCUGCGGGCCGGGGACAGCUGUCCAGAGGCCUUGACCCAGUUGGAGGAGCUGCUGGAUCUGGCUGUGCUCGAGGAGAUCCAGCAGGAGCUGGCUGACCAAGAACGGCACCUCCUCAGCGAGUACGAGAAGAGCCUGCAGUUCGACGAGCACUGUCUCAGCGUCAUGCUGGCCGAGUGGGAGGCGAACCCCCUCAUCUGUCCCAUGUGCAUGAGGUCCAACCUGAGAGUGUCAGGCGGUGUGGUCACGUGUCCGUGUGGCCUCUCCCUCUCCUCACACUCUCCAGGGUUGACGGAGCAAAAGUUUCGAGCCUGCUUAGAGGACUGUGUGAAUGAGCACGGUGCACGCUGUCCGCACACGCCUGAGUUCUCGGUCACGGAUGGGACGGAAGAAAAGCCCAGUCUUCUCAUGAGCUGCGUGGACACCCAGAGAGGCCGUGCCGUGCGGGCCUGCUGGAAGAAAACAGGAUGGCGUCAGGUCGCCGAGGGAGGGAGGGCCUACAGCUACCAGACGGCUGGACGGUGGGGCAGGAAGCCGUGGGACUGCCUGCGUGCUGUGGGCCCCGUGAUGUCAUCAUGAGGCUUGCGACACAUGGGCCGUGAUUCUCUAGCGCCGACCUCCACUCCCCGCUCUUCUGGGGCACACGACUUGCUCCGCCUGGGACAGGGCCUUGUAAAUACCAGUGUUUAACUUCUACCAGAUUUUGUACUAAAACUCUGAAACCUCUGUGCUCUCGGUGCGUUGGGACACAGGCUGGAGGGGAAGAACAGCAAAGACAACGGAGGAAACCGACCGGUUUUAUUGUCCAUCACAUUAGACAAUCUCGGAGCAGGAGGGUUGUAGACACGCAAUAAACAAGGGUAAAUGAGA